AUGUACUUUGGUAUGAGAUACUCUUAUAUCAUCAAUUCCAUCAAAAUAAAAGACAAAGAAGCCAUUCCAAUAGCAGAUAUUUCUGCUAAAUCUGUUGCUCUCGCUUUUGUUUCUAACUGGAUCUCCCGUUUCGGAGUUUCGUCCAGAUUAACUACUGAUCGUGGAUGUCAGUUUGAAGCUUCUUUAUUUUGUGAAUUGUCACGUAUUCUAGGUGUGCACCACAUUCGCACAACCAGUUAUCAUCCAGCUUCUAAUGGAUUAGUUGAAUGUUUCCAUAGACAGCUCAAGGCCACUCUACAUGCCUCUUCAGAUCUACAGUCUUGGACUGAAUUUCUGCCAAUUGUUCUUCUUGGUUGUCGUAGUGCUGUCAAAGCAGACCUGGGUUUUUCUUCUGCAGAGCUACUGUAUGGUACCACAUUGGCAUUGCUUGGUACGAUGUUGGUGCCAGACACUUCACAGCUCCAUGAACUGGCGUCUUAUGCCGCCAGACUUCGCACUUAUUUUUCAAAUCUUCCGUCCAUGGUUUCCCAGGAACAAUCUUCACCCUCUCAUGUCCCACUGGAUAUGAACUCUUGGUCACAUGUUUUUGUUCGAGACAACUCUGUCAAGGGAUCUCUUGUUUCUUCUUACAAAGGACCUUUUUGUGUGCUUUCUCACACACCCAAAGGUUUUACCAUCGAAAUGAAUGGUCGUUUGGAGACUGUUUCUGUUCCAACUUAA